ACAGCCUGUGUGUUUGACUGUGUCAUUAAUAGAUCAGCAUGGAGCUCAGUCUACUUCCUCUAAUGCUCUUGCUGAUUUCAAACAUCCGCCCUGCACACACUCAAGGGCAAGAGGCUUCAGAGGAACACAACAAGGCACCUAAACCUCGUCUGACUGUUCAGCCUGAACCAUCACAGAUAUUCAGAGGAGAGACUGUCACUCUCACAUGUGACAUACAGGGGGAAGAUUGGACAUACACAUGGCAGUGUGGAGAUGAACAGCACAACUCUGAGGAGAAAGAGUUCAAGAUCACUGUACAGCUCAAACAGUCCUGCAAGUGUAAAGGCUGCAGAAAACCAUUCUGCUCUGAAUGGAGUGAUGCUGUGACUCUGAGUGUUUCGGAGAGACCCAAGCCUGUAGUGCGUGUCCAGCCUGAUGGACGUGUGUUCAGAGGAGGACAGACGGUCACUCUCACAUGUGACAUACAGGAGACAGACGUCACCAGCUGGAGCUACAGCUGGAAUAAAGAUGAUUCAGAGAUUCAUGUCAGUCAAUCUCAGGAAUACCGGAUCAGUUCUGUUAGUGAAUCUCACGCAGGUAAUUACAGCUGUACUGGAAGAGAAACAGGAGGAUCACGAUACUCACACACCAGUGAUAAAGUGACGCUGACCGUAUCAGGAUCUUCAGGACUAGAGUUUUCCGAAGCUCAUGCUCUGAUAAUCGGAGUGAUUGCAGGACUGAGUGUCACAUUUCUGCUCAUGUUCUUACUGGCCCUGCUGUGGUGCUGCAAACACAACAAAGGUGCAGGAUCUCCGUCUCCCUCUACUGAGUAUCAGCUAAAAUAG